AUGUCUACUGACUUGACAACAAGUAAAGUAGGUACUGUUAGAUUAGAACGUUUUACAUCUGUCUUAGGACAAGAUUGUAUCGAUUUAGAACAAUUACAAAACUUAUUAUGGUCUGGAGUUCCUAUAUCAGCACCUCCUGAAAUGCGUAGGGAUGCCUGGCAAAUUAUGCUUGGAUAUUUACCACCAAGAAGAGAUAGACAUUUAAGCUGUCAACAAAAAAAGAUUGCUGAAUAUAAGUUAUUAGUCAAAGAGUAUAUACAACGUGAUAAUUUAUCUGAACAAGAAAGAAAAUUAUUGAGACAAAUUAAAGUUGAUUUACCUCGUACAUCUCUAGAAUAUAAAAGUUUAAAGAAUGAUAUAAUAUUAGGCUUAAUGGAAAGAGUUUUAUUUCUUUGGGCAAUUAGAAAUCCUGCAAGUGGUUAUGUUCAAGGUAUAAAUGAUUUAUUAUGUCCUUUUUUAAUUGUAUUUUUUCUCCCUUUUUGUCCAGAUGGAAAUAUGGAAUUAUUUAAUAUAAAUGAAAUUUCUUCUGAAAAAGUUCAACAAGUAGAAGCUGAAAUCUAUUGGUGUUUAACAAGAUUAUUAGAUUCAUUACAAGAAAAUUAUGUCUCUGAACAACCAGGUAUUCACAAACUUAUAUUAUAUCUACGUGAUAUAAUAAGAAGAAUUGAUAAUGUACUUUAUAAUCAUUUAAAAGAUGAGGGUGUAGAUUUUCUUCAAUUUGCUUUUCGUUGGAUGAAUUGUUUAUUAACGAGAGAAUUUCCUUUAAAUUGUGUUGUACGUUUAUGGGAUACGUAUAUUGCUGAGAAUACACUAAUAAAAAUUAAUAAAUAUAAUAGGUCAGGUUCAGUUUCUUCAUCAAUAGCUAUAACGCCAACUAAUAGUAAUAGCAAUACAUCAAUAUCAUAUUUUAAUGCUUUUCAUGUUUAUGUAUGCUCAGCUUUUUUAUUAUAUUGGACAAAUAAUUUAAGAUCUAUGGAUUUUGCAAAUAUUAUGUUAUUUUUACAGAAUUUACCCACUGAAAAUUGGACAGAGCGUGAUAUUGAUGCACUUUUAGCUCAAGCCUAUGUACUCCAGACUUUAUUUCAUUGUUCACCAAGACAUUUAUUGGAUUAUAGUAAAAGUAAUACUAUCCCGCAGUAA